CUUUUUUGUUUACUUAGAUCAAUUACACUUACAAUAAAAUCGUUGUAUACUAAUUUAUAGUUUUAAAUAAAUUCCAUCUCAUAAGUGUAACGCAUCAAUUAUUUACACAUACAAUUGCAAAGUAUUACAUAAUUUGCAUAAAUUUACUGUUGGCUAUUCUACUUAUUUUUUUAAAUUUAAAGCAUCUUUAUGUCAUUAUGUCAGCACUUCAGAGAUAAUAAAAUAUUCAAAUUCACGUUACAAUCGUAAUGAUUACUGUUAAAAAUCUGACAAUUUUUUCAAUAUUAUGAUUUACUCUAAAAAUAUGAAUUGAACCUCAGAAAGUGAAUAAUUUAGAAUUUAUGAGCCUUAAAACAAUAAUAUUAAUUAGAGAAAAUGGCAGAUGGUUAUUCAAGAUUUGAAGAUGAUAUUGUUAACUCCUACCAUUCCCAAUCACCAACAAAUAGAAAAGGUGAUAUACCAUUAAGUAUAAAUGAAUCAACUAUUCCAAAUGAAGAUGGAGAAAAUAUAGAUUUAAGAGGUCAUUUUGAUGGGCGACUAGAUGUAAUAUUUAGUGAUGGUGAUCGUAGAAUUGAUAUUGAUCAAUUUUGGGAAAUGAAUUAUCAUGAAGCAGCUAUUUUUUUAGAAGAAGGAGAAAACAAUGAAAAGUUCAAUUCUCAUCCUCAUGAACCCGAAGCUCUUCCAGCUUACUUAUUAGUUCAUAAUAAUUGGUAUUAUGGCAUGGAUUUAGCUACAUCAUUUGUUCUUAUAAUCCUAGCUUUUGCUGAAGACCCAGCUACACCUCCUUUAGAAAUGCCAGUUGCCAUUCAUAGCAUCAUUGAACUGUUAGCCCUUGGAGUAAUUGGACUUGGAUUGGCUUUAAAACUUAGAUGGAUGGGCUGGUUAACCAUUUUAAAACACAAACGGACCAUGUUGAAGUGCAUUACAUUAGCUAUAAUGAUUUUAGAAGCAUUUGUUGUACUGAUUCGCCAAACAUCUCAUUUUCGAGUGACACGAGCUCUACGACCAAUAUUUUUAGUUGAUAGCCAUUAUCUUGGAGGAGUUCGACGAUUUAUUAGACAAAUUUUACAAUCGUUACCACCAAUAUUUGAUAUGUUACUUCUAAUAUUUUUUUUCGUUACUGUAUAUUCGGUUCUAGGAUAUUAUUUAUUUGAAAGUUGUACCGAUUUACAUAAUCAUUUUGACACAUUAUUCAACAGCUUUGUUAAUAUGUUUGUUUUACUAACUACAGCCAAUUUUCCUGAUAUAAUGAUGCCAGCUUAUUCUAAAUCUAAAUGGUAUUCACUAUUCUUCAUAUCAUAUUUAUGCAUAGUAUUAUAUCUUCUUAUGAACUUAAUGUUGGCUGUUGUAUAUGAAACAUUCACUAGUAUUGAAAGAGAUAAAUUUCGAAAACUACUUUUACAUAAACGUCAAGCAUGCCAAAAUGCUUUUAAAUUAUUGUUAACUAAAGAAAAUCCCAAUCAAAUGGAAUUUCCUCAAUUUGAAGGAUUGAUAAGAUAUUAUUCUCCUAAAAAAAAUAAUCGGGACAUAAUAGUUAUGUUCAGAUUUUUAAACACCAGUGCAACAGGCUCUUUAACUAUUGAUGAGUUUUAUUCUGUCUAUGAUGCUGUAAUGAUGACCUGGCAACCUCAAACAAUGGACACACCUUGGUAUUUUACUGCUCCUCCUGCAAUUCAGAGACUAUGCAAAACUGCAAAUUCUAUUAUUUCAUGGUCCUAUUUUGAUCAUAUAUUUUAUGUACUAACAGUAAUGAAUGGUAUAGCAAUGAUUGAACGAGGUGUUCAUACAUAUCCAAAUAUGAAUGAAUCAAUACUUGCAUUCAGUGGUGGAUGGGAUACAUGUUUCUUUUUAGCUUUUUUCAGUAUAGAAGUAGUUCUGAAAAUUUUAGGAUUAGGAUUUGAGCGGUAUUACUCAUCAGGGUGGAACUUGUAUGACUUUAUUGUAACAAUUGGUGGUUUAAUUGCUGUAGUAUCUCUAAGACUUUUUCCAAAUUUUGUCUUUGUAGUUGUUUUUAGACCUUUAAAACUAUUGAGAUUAUUUAAAUUGAAAAAGCGUUACCGAGAUAUCAUUGGUACUAUGGCCAUUUUAUCACCAUUAAUAAAAUCUGUUGGAUGUGUUAUGCUAGUUAUGUAUUAUUUCUUUGCAAUUAUUGGAAUGGAAUUAUUUGCUGGUUAUGAUAUGAGAAACUGUUGCAAUGGCACAAAUAUUGAAACAUAUUAUAAGUAUACACCAGAUAAAUCAGGAUAUUAUUACUUGAAUACAUUUCCUAACUUGGCUGUAAGUCUUGUCACACUAUUUGAACUCACUGUUGUGAAUAAUUGGUUUGUUGUGAUGAAUGGUUAUGCAACUAAAGUUCAUGCAGCUAGUAGAGCAUACUUUGUACUUUUUUAUCUUUUUACCAUGGUAGUUUUAACCAUUGUAGUAGCUUCAGUUUUAGAAGCGUUUAGAUUCCGAAUUCAGUACAAAAAACAAACUACAAAAAGAGAUGAGGAAAAACUUCUUCAUGAAGAAGUUGAAUUAAAAUGGGAAGAUGUUAUGAGUUAUGUCAAAGAUUUCCAAGCAUUACAAAAGUAUAGAUCAGAUAUGUUUGUUGGUGUUGGUAAAAUAUUAUUCUUGGGAAGUAGACCAAGAAAUCGCCAAGUUUUACAACGAAGAAUGUAUAGGCAUGAAAUUGAACAAUGGAUGCAAGAAGCUGCAGCUAUAGACAAACAAUUGUAGAAUGUACAACCAUAAUAUCUUGUGAAUCAAUUCAUCAGUUGAGUGAUAUUUUUACUCCUUACCAGUUAUUCAGUUUACAUGACAUUUCAUCUAAACGCAUCAUGUUAUAAAUUUCUUAUAAAAUUGGACUUAAGUGUUAAAUUUUAUUAUUAUUAAAUGCUGCAUAAUUGAGAAAUUUAGUUUUGAA